AUGGCCACCUGCUGGCAGGGCCUGUGGGCCUACCGCUCCUACCUGAUUGUGCUACUCCUGCCCAUUCUACUGCUGCCCCUGCCCAUCCUCAUCCCCACCAAGGAAGCCUACUGUGCCUACUCCAUCAUCCUCAUGGCACUCUUCUGGUGCACCGAGGCUCUGCCUCUGCCUGUCACUGCCCUCUUCCCCAUCAUCCUGUACCCCAUGAUGGGCAUAAUGGAUGCCUCUGAGGUCUGCAUCGAAUACUUUAAGGACAGCAACAUCCUGUUCGUCGGGGGGCUGCUGAUGGCCAUUGCCGUGGAGCACUGGAAUCUGCACAAACGCAUUGCUCUCCGUGUGCUCCUCAUCAUUGGGGUGCGGCCUGCCCUACUGCUUUUGGGCUUCAUGUUGGUCACAGCCUUCCUGUCCAUGUGGAUUAGCAACACAGCCACCACAGCCAUGAUGGUGCCCAUCGCACAUGCCGUUCUGGAGCAGCUCCACAAUACAAGCAAGGAUGUAGAGGAGGGCAGCGACAACCCCACCUUUGAACUCCAAGAAGGGAGUCCCCAGAAGGACGUGACCAAACUUGAUAACGGGCAGGCCCACCCUGCCCUGCCUGCUUCUUCAGAGUCAACGGUGUGGCAGAAGAGGGAGCAGCUCCGCUUUAGCCAGGGCAUGAGCCUGUGCGUGUGCUACUCGGCCAGCAUCGGGGGCAUCGCCACACUCACUGGCACUACACCUAACCUGGUGCUGCAAGGCCAGGUCAACGCGCUCUUCCCCCAAAAUGGCAACGUGGUGAACUUUGCCUCCUGGUUUGGCUUUGCCUUCCCCACCAUGGCCAUCUUGCUGCUGCUCUCCUGGCUGUGGCUGCAGAUCCUCUUCCUGGGGUUCAACUUCCGGAAGAACUUCGGCUUUGGGGGACAGGCGAAGGAAAGAGAGCAGGCAGCCUUCCACGUCAUCCAAACAGAACACAAGCGACUGGGCCCCAUGACCUUCGCAGAAAAGGCUGUCUCUGUCCUCUUUAUCAUCUUGGUGGUGCUAUGGUUCACCCGGGAGCCAGGCUUUUUCCUUGGCUGGGGCAACCUGGCUUUUCCCGACAAGGAUGGAAACAGCAUGGCAUCCGAUGGGACAGUGGCCAUCUUCAUUGGAAUAAUUCUGUUCUUGGUGCCCUCCAAGAUCCCAGGGCUGACUCAGGAUCCAAACAAACCAGGGAGGCUGAAGGCCCCUCCUGCCCUCCUCAACUGGAAGACUGUGAAUGAGAAGAUGCCCUGGAAUAUUGUGCUCCUGCUGGGUGGUGGCUUUGCCCUGGCCAAGGGCAGCGAGAAAUCAGGACUGUCUGAGUGGCUGGGGGACAAGCUGACCCCACUACAGAAUGUGCCAUCUCCCGCCAUUGCCUUCAUCCUCUGCCUCCUGAUUGCUACUUUCACUGAGUGUACCAGCAAUGUGGCCACCACCACACUUUUCCUGCCCAUUCUGGCCUCCAUGGCUCAGGCCAUCUGUCUCCACCCUCUGUAUGUCAUGCUUCCCUGCACGCUGGCCGCCUCCUUGGCCUUCAUGCUGCCUGUGGCCACCCCACCCAAUGCCAUCGUUUUCUCUUUUGGGGGCCUCAAAGUGUCUGAUAUGGCCCGGACAGGAUUCCUGCUCAACAUCAUUGGGGUGCUAGUCAUCACGCUGGCCAUCAACAGCUGGAGCUUCCCCAUCUUCAACCUGCACACUUUCCCCUCCUGGGCUUACUCCAACACCACAACCAACUGCAUGGCCAUCCAGACGAACAUCACCACGACACCUAGCCCCUAGACCAGCGCAUGAUCUGGCCAAGACCAGGAAGACUCACCUGUUCGUAUCCCUUUGAGCCAGGAGGGGACACCCAGGCUUCAAGCCAAACAUUGAGAGAAAGGAACCUAUAUAUAGAACCUUGUAUGUGUGUCUGUAAGGAGUGUGCUCAAUCCUGCAUUUCUGAGAUGUGUGUGUGUGUGUGUGCGCGCGCGUGUGUGUGUGUGUGGCGUGUCAUGUAGCUUGAGGAUGCCUGAGAGGGUGUUUCUUGUGUGUGCACAUGCUCCUCAGUGUGUGUGCUUGGCAGUGGACAUAUGUGAGUUCACAGACCAUACAACAUGCCCCCUCUAGCACUCCGGGUCCUUGUCUCCCCAGCUUGGUGGCUGACCAGACCCCUUUGCACUGUAUUUAUUGAAACUCGGGGUUGGGUAGCCCGGGGAGCAGGGCCUAUGAGGAGUUGCUGGUGGGACCAGCCCAGCUACUGAAGUCUCCCCAGCUUCUCAGGUUUGAGGGGAGAGAUAGAAUAUUAGCCACAUUAAACGAUUUUUAAGUAGA